CCACAUGUCAGAGCAUAUGAUGUUGCGUUGGGUGAUACCAUCGAAAACUGGUCAUCUAUAUCAGACCAGAUAGGAGGCGACCGAGAGAAGGUCACCGCUGUGUUGAAUUAUCUGAGGUUUUUCCUGUGGACCGCUGCUGGCCGAGUCGAACCGUCAGUCGACGAGGUUCAGAAACUAUUUUCUCCUAUGGUGGAUCAUAUAUCGGAAAUCAACAAGUUCAAGGAUUCCCGGCGGCAGGCUCCUCAAUUCAAUCAGCUAUGUGCAGUCGCGGAGGGCAUUCCCGCUGUUGGAUGGGUUCUUGUGAAAAAAACUCCCGCUGCACAUGUCAAAGAGAUGCUUGAUUCUUCAAUGUUCUACAUCAACCGUGUUCUGAAAGAGUUUAAGGAAGGUGAUCAAAAGAACGUAGAGUGGGCUCGCUUAUGGCGAAGUCUCUUGGAAGCUAUGCAGUUAUUCGUUCGACAGACUCACACCACUGGUCUUGUUUGGAACAGCUCACCUGGAUGCUCUCCUCCUCCGAACGACGAUCGCUCAAUUAUGAGUCGUGGUGUAACUGGAGCCCCUGCACCUCCUCCCCCACCUCCACCUCCUCCUGUUAUUGAUGUUCAAUUUCAUCAUUUUAACAUCCUAGUGUUUUCUGCUGACAACGUCACAACCUCCGAGAGUGCGAAGGCUGGUAGGGAUGCACUAUUUGCUGAGAUCAACAGAGGCGAAGCCGUUACUGCAGGGCUGAGAAAGGUUACCGCCGAAAUGCAAACUCAUAAAAAUCCAGCUCUACGCAAACAUGUGAGUGUUCUCAUCAAUCAUCGAUUUAAGGUAAAAGGGAAGGCAAACUCAAUAACACUUGAUAGCUGUCGCAAGACCUCGGUCGUAUUUGAUGGUGUGGUUGGCCAGUGUGAAACUAUCAAUUGCCAGCGCAUAGAGAUACAGACAUUAGCGGAAAUGCCAACAAUUUCUAUACAGAAAACAGAUGGAUGUCAAGUGUAUCUUAGUGAAGCUUCGAAAAAUGCUGAGAUUGUGACCAGCAAGUCCAGCGAGAUGAAUGUGCUCAUACCCAAAGGAAAUGGCGAUUACGUAGGUUUCUUCACUGCUAUUGGAAAGCUUUUGUUCCAUAUAGUGUAUCAACGACUUCAGCGAGAAGUCUUUAUUGUAUGCUGUGGUCAAGGUAUUGAAGGUGCUGUGGGAUGA